AGAGAAGCAUUGACUCUGUAUUGUCCUGCAACUUCUGCAUGAUUGUUUCGCAUAAAACCAAAAGCUGUUAAAUAAUGAGAGAAGCAUGACUUGACACAUUAAGAUUCAGUUUGCGCAAAGGAUGAACAGUUUUGCAAUGUAGGUUUAACAGAAAGGAGGCGUCUGAUGUCUACGUAUAUUAUUUUCUUCACUGAAGAACACAAGGCUCAACACAAAUGGUGAGUUACUGUUUUAUUCUUCAUUUACCUCCUCUACAACAGAAUAAUGCAGGAAAAUAACCAGAAACAAAAAUAAUCGGAGUGUUUUUUGGGUUUGGUUUACAGCGAUCUACUGAGAAGAUGGCAAUGACGCUGUUUGUCGUGGCUCUGCUUUCUGUUUUCAUGGCGUCUGUCAUCUCUGGAUUCAAGCCGUUCGACUGUUCUGAAAUCUACAAAUCAGGACAAACUCUCAGUGGGAUUUACUCCAUCUAUCCAGUCGGUGACGCUCCUGUCUGGGUUUACUGUCAGAUGAUUUCAGAUGGGAAAGAUGAAGAGAAUGGAGGAUGGACGGUGUUUCAAAGACGAAUGGACGGCAGGAUUAACUUCUAUCAGCCGUGGGAAGAGUACAAGAGAGGAUUCGGGACCACCGAAGGCGAAUACUGGCUGGGGCUGGAGAACCUCUACCAGCUGACAAGCCACAAGAAGUUCAUGCUGAGAGUGGAUCUGGAGGACUUUGAAGGAAGGAAAGGUUUCGCUCAGUACUCGUCCUUCUCUGUGGGUUCUGAAGCUGAAGGUUAUAAACUGCAGGUUUCUGGGUUCAAGGAUGGAGGAGCAGGCGACUCUUUGACUGAUCACAAUGACCAGAAGUUCUCCACCUUUGACAAAGAUCAAGACGCCUAUGGAGAUAACUGUGCCCAAGAGUUUUUAGGGGCAUUUUGGUUCAAAUACUGUCACAACACAAACCCCAACGGUGUGUAUUUAUGGGGAGAAGAUGACACACAUUUCGGCAUUGGUGUGGUUUGGUCAACCUGGAAGGGCAGUUUCAGCGUCAGCAUGAAAUCUCUCGGCUUGAUGAUCAAACCCAUGUCUUAGAAACAGUGAACAUCUAAAAUUGUUCUCACUGUAUGACAAAGUUUAAUGAUUAGCCAUAUGUUCUUAACUAUGCUACUCAUUAAAACAAUAACCAUUCAAAUUAAUCAACUUCUGCGUGUUAGUGCAUUUGUUUUGAUAAACAAUUAUUCAGUUUUGUUAAUCUCUGACUAAAUUAAAAUGUGACCAUCUGCUUCCACUCUGAAAUGGGUUAGUUAUUCUGGGAUUACCACUCUUAAUAAAUACACUUGCAUAUAAAGUAAAUCGUAUCUCAAAGCAUUUACUGGGGCACUGGGGAUUUUUACUGGGGCACGAGCCCCAGUAAAUGGGGUCUUGUGAUGCCCCUGAUACACCUCCUUCUCAAUAUUCUAUUUCAGUUGGAAAUACUUCAUCAUACUGAAAUACAAAUGUUACGUCCCUACUGAAAAAACACCUUAAACCCCACCUUAGAAAUACUGAUAGCUCCACCCUAAAGCAAUUCCAUGUGACCAGAAGUGAAGAAAAGUCAUUUCGAGAGGACUGGAGUUUGUGGUAUUUGAUUAAAUAUUGAGGGCAAAUGAAUUUUUACUAAAUAAUGAAGUGCACAGACACAGGUUAUACAAAGCACUCUACUAUACACAUAAAAAAAGAGUAAAUUUAGAUUUUAAUGGUGACUUUAUGUCUAGUUUGCUUUAUGUAUGUUGAAAUUACUUGUAAAGUUUAUUUGAUUCAACUUUAAAAAUUUAAGGCAGCAACAUUUUUUUUUGUGUGAAAUGUGCUCGUUCCCUAUGUGUUUUGACUAACAGAGGGAGCUGUCAGAACAGCUUCAUGUUGUUUUCUUGUUAUUCAUUCAGAAAUACACACCAGGCCUUACUACAGUAAACUGAAUUACAGCUCUAUAUAGGCACUCUGUAUUAUCACACCUUUCUAUUUUGUUUCAUAUACUGGCUGCUUUACAUUCUUUAAAAUAAAAAUGAAAUGUUUGGUACAUUA